AUGUCAAAACAUGUCUUGUUUUUGGUCUUAUUCUUGCACGUGUGAUUUGAUUGUUUAAUUUGUUUUUAAUAAUUUAAGUAAUGUGUAAAUAAAAUUAUUAUAAAAUGUUAAAACCAAAAGAUUUAAGUGAUAAUCUCCCUGGUUUCGAAGACGUUGAGAAAGAUGAAACGACUGAAACUGAAGUCCACGAAAAUAAAAAGAAAAAGAAGGGAUCCGGUGGUUUUCAGUCGAUGGGAUUGAGUUUUCCAGUUAUUAAGGGAAUAACUAAAAGAGGUUACAAGCUACCGACACCUAUACAACGAAAGACCAUACCCAUCGCUUUAGAAGGUAAAGAUGUUGUUGCCAUGGCCCGGACUGGUUCAGGCAAAACCGCUUGCUUUGUUCUACCUAUUUUGGAGAAGCUGUUAUCGCCUACUAACAAAGCUCAGCCAGGAAAGAAUCUACGAGCCUUAAUUUUAUCACCAACAAGAGAAUUGGCUUUACAGACUUUAAGGUUUGUGCGUGAACUGGGCAAGUUCACUGGAUUGACGUCUGCUGCCAUUCUCGGAGGAGAAUCAAUAGAGCAACAGUUCAGUGUGAUGUCGGGGAAAGCUCCGGAUAUUGUAGUGGCUACUCCCGGACGUUUCCUACAUAUCUGUAUUGAAAUGAGCUUGAAAUUGGACAAUAUUAAGGUAAUGGUAUUUGAUGAAGCUGAUAGACUAUUUGAGCUAGGUUUUGGUGAACAGCUGAGAGAGAUAGUUGCAAGAUUGCCUUCGAGUCGGCAAACACUCUUAUUCUCAGCUACAAUGCCUAAAAUGCUUGUCGAAUUUGCAAGAGCGGGGCUAACAGAUCCAGUGUUAAUCCGUUUGGAUGUGGAUUGGAAGCUACCAUCAACCUUGUGGCUGGCUUGGAUAUCUGUGAGAGCAGAAUUAAAGACAGCUGCACUGUUGUUACUUUUGGACCGUGUUCUAACACCUUCAACGCCGCAAGCGGUUGUUUUUGCCGCUACAAAACAUCAUGUGGAAUAUUUACAUCUGAUCCUACAAAAAGCGGGUAUAACCUCAACAUUUGCGUACUCAGGCCUCGAUCCCUCCGCACGUAAGAUUGCUUUGGGCAAGUUUACAAACAAAAAGUGCUCUGUGCUGUUGGUGACUGAUGUAGCGGCUAGAGGGUUAGAUUUGCCCGCAUUAGAUACAGUGAUAAACUACAACUUCCCCGCUAAACCUAAGCUGUUUGUACAUAGAGUUGGGCGGAGCGCGCGCGCGGGGCGAGCGGGGCGCGCCUUCUCGCUGGUGGCGGCGGAGGACAUCGCGCACCUGCUGGACCUGCAGCUGUUCCUGGGCGCGCAGCUGCUGGCGCCGGGCGCGCAGUGCGCCGCCAGCUGCCCCAGCGGCGUGUGGGGCGCCGCGCCCGCCGCGCUGCUCGAGCUCCGACACCAAGAUGUCCUCGCCUGGGAGAAGAAUUACUCGGAGAUUGAGGAGGCAGUGCGAGUGUGCUCUCGCGGCUGGCAGCAGUACGUGCGCUGGCGCGAGCCCGCCUCCGCCGACGGCAACAAGCGCGCCAAGGCCACGCCGUCGCCCCUCGCGCCGCACCCCUUCCUCCUGGACAGUCCUACCGCAGACGACGCCGCGCACAUGGUCCAAAACAUCAAGAAUUAUACACCUAAAGGGACGAUAUUAGAGCUAGGUGGUAAGAACGACUCGCCAAUGUUCCUCGCGAUGAAAGCAAAGCGACGUGUGCACGGCAACAAAGUACAGAAAGCUAGGGAAAAUAAAAACAAUCAGGUUGGUGAUGUUUUAGAAGACACAACUAAUAUGAAAUCGGCUAAGAUAUCUGAAAAUCAGCCGAAGAAGAAACGAAAAGAAGUUGUUCGGGAUGAAAACUAUAUACCACAUUUUGCUAGCGACCAACACACCGAAUCUGGCAUGGCGGUGAACUUCUCCGUGGGCGCUGCGGGCGCGGAGCUGGAGCUGGGCGCGGACAGCGGCGAGGCGGCGCGCAGCCAGCGCUCGCAGCUGCGCUGGGACCGCAAGCGCAAGAAGAUGGUGCACGUGGACCCCGACGGCGGUCGCAAGAUGAUCCGCACGGAGAGCGGCGGGCGCGUGCCGGCCUCCUUCCGCAGCGGCCGCUACGACCACUGGAAGAAGAGGAACGCGCACCACGACGAUGACGACGACACUGCGCAACACAACACCAUGAGACCAGCGUCCGAAUUCCGUCCUCACUGGGUGAAACACAACGAGCGCGUUGCCAAGAACAAGUCUGAGGCGAGUUCGCGAGAGUUCCGCAACAAACAGCAGAUAGUGAAGGAACGCAUGCGCAAGGAGAAGAUCAAACAGAAACUAAAACAUAAAAUGAAGAAUAAAAAGAAGAGGAAAUGAUAUAGUUCAAUAAAUAAAAAUGAUUAUGUUUUA